AUGAUUCGAUUAUACAUUCUUCUCUGCCUCCUACCAUGUCUCUUCCUACCCACCCCUUUCACCCAUGCGGCCCUACUCCCUCGUCUCAAAGCUUCGUUCAGACUGCCAGGCGUAGUCUUCAGUGAACCAGUGGCUCGAUCUUUCAAGGUGGUGCCUUUUAAGGAGCUUCCUGGGGAAUCGCACCAUGGUCAUAAACUUCACCAAACUAUCGGCCUUGUGAAGCGAUUGGUUGAAGACCAGGGCGACAUGGUUGAGGUUACCGAAGAAGCUCUUCAGGAACUUCUGGAUCAGAUCAACAAACUCCAUGAGCAGGUGAACAACAUGAUGCCAUCUGGUGCAACGGACAAACAGCCUACUCUAGAGACAGGCACUUCGUCAGGAGGCCAGUCUGGUCAGUCCGAUCAAUUACCUGCAGGUUCUUCUAAUGAGUCUACUGGUGGCGAACAGUCUGAAGAGCCUGCCCCCUCUGGCAAAGCUGAUGUUCCUGAACCUGGCGUUGCUCCCGUUGUCGGGCCUCAGGCUCCGGGCGCUUCGGCUCAACUAGAUGCAUCGCAGAUAGAUACCGACAGGCAAGCAAAGACUGAGCUGGCGCAGCCUGCUGCAAAUCCCACCCAGACAGCAAAGGGCGAAUCUACUGAUCCGUCUAGCGAGCCUGAAGCUGAAAGGCUGUCUGGCAACAGCGCUGUCGUGACCCUGCCUGAGGUUGCAAAUGCUUCUGGAAAGGGUGACGUCGUGGAAUCAGGUGGUCGUCCCAAGAAUGCUGUCGCUCAACCGACUGGUGAGGUUCAGGCUUCGACGGGAACACAACUUAGGACAGCACAAGAUGUCGAACCAACAGAGGAAGGAAAGGCCAAAGAUUCUAGUAUCUCAUCUGCCAAGCAGGUUACUGAGGCUACCAGUACUGCGCCUGGGGGUGCAUUUGUUGAGAAUCCCGAUGACGUUGUCCAGACGGUCACGGCUAAUAUCAGCUUUGGCGGGCAGACUAGUACUUCAGCAAACAAGGAGACUCAGACGCCAUCCGGUGCCAAAGAUGAUGAGUGUGUUGACGAAGUAAGUGAUCUACCCCUCAUACGUCGAAAACCUAACUGCACACCAGGUAGUAGGAUCGAAUCCGCGAGCGAGCAAGCACAAGAUACCACGAUAACUGUCGUCCUCGUACCUACUCCAGAAGCAGAUCCUUCCAAAGCUUCUGCAACGGAAUCCGGGACACAGAUAACGAAAGACUCUCCCGCAACUGCCAAGGCCGAGGGAGCGGCUCCAGCGCUAGAGACAGAAGCCACCUCCACCCCGGACAUCAACACUGGAGACUCUCAGCAGCUUGCAGCACCAACCCUAUUCUCAAAUCCAUCUGCUGUUUAUAGCCCUGGGCCGACAGCGUUAAGCCUUAGAACUCUCGUUUUCACAUCAGUCCUUACAAGGUCUUCAACCAUCCUCGCAACUACUGUACGCACAGAGUUUGUUAAUGCAAAUCAACCAACUGCACCAUUGAAGGCCCCUGGCCAUGUUUUCAAGGAAGACGAAGACGCAGGCACGAAUGCAGCGUUCAACAAAGAUGGAAAGCUUGCUUUGGAGGAGAGUGUCAAUGAAGGAAGCACACCAGAAACUCUUAGAGGAACUCCUCUCGCGUUAGAGACUACAGCCAUUUUGACCACAACGACAACCACCAUCAGUUUGAGCCCUGUUGCCGUCAUGACAACCCCUGACCCCAGCCAAGAGGCUCUGUCUCUUUCUUCACCUUCAUCUCAUGAUGCUGAAGGUAUCAAUGGGACGUUCCGUGCAACACCAAACAGUGGAUUCAGAACAAUUCCGAGGUCGUCAGCUAGUCUGGCAGAGAGAGCAUAG